AUGGUGUUGAACGCGGCCGAGGGAUUGUGGGUACCUUCCUCUAAGCUGCAGAGGCACCCAAGAGAUAAACUUACCUCUCCCUCAUCUCCUUCUCGCCCUCCUCUACUCCUCUCAUUCUGGCGCCUUCCGGUGUGGUUCGCAUAUGUUCGAGCCACGUCAGCAUUUGCUGACAUGCGCUGGGCAUGUGCGCUAAGCACUGGCGGUUGUUGGGAUCGGGCAGUAGUGAAUGGUGGUCUGGAUGAUCCCUGA